AUGUCUGUCUCUCUGUUUGUCUGCCUUUCUCUGUCUCCCUGUCCUCUCUCUGUUUCUCCUUCUCUGUGUGUGUGUGUCUCCCUCUCUCUGUUUGUGUGUGUCUCCCUCUCGCUCCCUCCCCCACUCUCUGUGUUUUUCCCUCUCUGUGUUUCUCCCUCUGUGAUUGUGCGUGUCUCCCUCUCUCUCUUUGUGUAUGUGAGAACGCGCACGCGCGUAUGUGUCUCCCUCACUCUCUUUGUGUGUCUCUUUCAUUCUCUUUGUGUAUCUCCCUCUCUCUUUGUGUAUCUCCCUCUGUGUGUCUCUCGCUGUCUCUCUUUUGUAUUGCAAUCUUAUUUUCUCUUUUUUUCUUACAUUUUUUCUUUUUCUUUACUUUCCCUUUUUUUUCUUAUCUUCCGUAUUGAUUUCUCAGUUUUUCGUUCAGUUUCGAUUCUUUCUUUCUUUCUUUCUUUCUUUCUUUGCGCAUUUUCUUUCAAAUCUUUGUUUAUCAUUUCCAAAUCACUCUCUUUCCUCUUACUCACUUGA